UCGAUGUGUAAAUACGAUAAUUUAUUUAAAAAAAAAAAUGUAUCUCUAAUUAUCUGUGCUUGCAUGAACAGUUCAGGAUCAAAAGACCUCGACGCCUUGUUUUUAUAAUGAUUAGGCAUACACAUGUUGAUUGCGCUUGACCAAGUUAUAUUAUUCACUAUAAGAUGUAGUUUUGUGAAGCAGAAUCAAUGGGUCUCGCUACUGUUACUUUUAAAAUAACAAGGAGCACCGUGUCGACAGGAAGAUUUAAUGACUUUAUUAUUGGUAGUCAUAGGAGCGGCGUGUACGGGCAAAGUUUUAUUGAAAGCUGUACCACAAAGACUCCUGCUUUCCAACAUAUCCAUUGCUAUUUACAUUAGACGUAUACACUCGCGAUUAUUUUCAAUGUACUUUGAACACUUUCUUUUAAACAAGAACCUAAAAAGUAAAUGUCUUGCAAUGUCAAAGUCUAUAUCUUCGUGAAAUCUCUUUUGGCUACACCUAUUUUGACAAAGAAAAAAAAAAAAGAUAAUAGAAGAUAAGGCCCAGCUUCAUGAAUGUAUUUUACCAGUGUUUAUAUGUUAUUGUACAAAGUAAAUUCUAUAUGUUCAGUAUGUCUAUAAGUCAAGUUUCGAUAUAAAUUCAGAAGUACAGCGGCUCCACCCCCAAAGUUCGUUUUCC